GAACAAAGCCGAUUGAGAUUCCCUGCUGGUCCAAUCAUUUAUGCCUCGUGGAGUCUGUUUCAGCUGGGACUAUGAUGGACUUAUAAUCCGUUCGGGAACAAAGGUUACAGCUGAUGUAAUAAAUGCUGCCAAGAACCUGAAGAUAAUUGGUCGGGCAGGAACAGGAGUGGAUAAUGUGGACAUUGAUGCUUCAACAAGGAAUGGAAUUAUUGUGAUGAACACACCAAAUGGGAACACGAUCAGUGCCGCUGAAUUGACUUGUGCAAUGAUCAUGUGUUUGGCCAGGAAAAUUCCUCAAGGGGCUGCUUCCAUGAGAGCUGGAAACUGGGAGAGAAAGAAGUUCAUGGGCAUGGAGCUGUAUGGAAAAACUCUUGGAAUUGUGGGACUUGGAAGAAUUGGCAAAGAAGUAGCAACCAGAAUGCAGUCCUUUGGAAUGAAGACCAUAGGUUAUGAUCCAAUAAUUCCUGCUGAGGUGGUAGCUAAAUUUGGAGUGGAAUUCGUGUCCCUGGACUAUCUCUGGCCACAUUCUGACUUCAUCACAGUUCAUACACCUUUAAUGCCAUCUACUGAAGGAUUGCUGAAUGAUGAAACCUUUGCCAAAUGUAAAAAAGGAGUGAAGGUUAUCAACUGUGCUCGAGGAGGUAUUAUUGAUGAGAAUGCAUUGCUACGAGCAAUGGAAUCUGGACAGUGUGGUGGUGCUGCAUUAGAUGUAUUUGUGGAGGAACCACCCAAGAAUCUCUGUCUCGUGAAUCAUCCGAAUGUAAUUGCCUGUCCACAUCUGGGAGCGAGUACCUACGAAGCCCAGGAACGCUGUGGCAAGGAUAUUGCAGCUCAAAUUGUGGACAUGGUGAAGGGCAGCUCACUGGUUGGAGUGAUCAAUGCCCGGGCUCUCAGCCACACUGUGAUUCCUGAAUCAAAACCUUGGAUCCAACUCGGGGAAGCGUUGGGAAUGGUGGCAAAAGCAUUUGCUGGGCAAGUAAACAGUCAAACAAAAGUGCAAGUUGCAACAGUAGGUUUGUCUCUGACAAAUACUGGGCAUUGUAUUGCCACAGCUGUGACCCUGGGACUGCUUAAAGGAGAUUCGGAAAACCAUGUCAACCUUAUCAAUGCUUCCUUACUUGCAAAAGAAACAGGAGUGACUGUGGUAAUCAAGCACGAUGAUACAGUUCCAGGGGCUCUCACUGAUGUGUGUGCUGUGGAGAUCACUACUUCCAGUGCCUCCCAUAAAUUUCUAGGUUCCAUUCAAACUAGCUUGCCAGUGCUCCUGGAGGUUGAUGGGGCAGCGUUCAAGCAGGCAGUUCCUCUCUGUGGAAAUUUGCUGAUUUACAAAGCUGUGGAAAAUCCUCAGGUUCUACAAUUUGUUGCAGGUGUGCUGGCCUCAGCUGGAAUUCAGAUUGAAUUAUAUAAUGUUACAAAUGCUGUGGAUGGAGACCAGUGGUGCAUUAUGGGAAUUACUUCAUUAUUAGUAGAUUUAAAUCUUCUUAAGCCACAUGUAAAGGUAUCAACACAGUUGACAAUAUGAAUAAGAGAUUGCUAAUCCAUUCAGGAAAACCUAAGGAAAAUGUAGAACUUAAUUUGACCAUGUUUGGCUUGAAUUUAUUAUAACAAUGGUGCCUUUUUCAAUAGUACAAAAUGUCAAAUAAGCUAACAUAAACAACAUAGCAUAAAGCCAUUGCAUGAGCUAACAUAGUUUAUUGUGUUUUAUCUGUAAUAUGCCACCGCCUUUAACGUAAGCUAGUAGCAGUAAAUGCUAGAAAUAUUUAGCAUGUCAGGCAGUAUUUGUUCAAAGGUCUGUCACUGCACUGUAGAACAGAUUGAUCAGUGGUAUUUGACAGGCAGAUAAUGUCUAAGCAACUGAUCUUGAACUAAACAAUGUUGAAAGCCCUCCCAUUCCACUGAGAUGGGUUCCAUGUCAAGUUAAUGGUCAUGACUAUUUGCAUCUUUUGAUCUGUUAAAUAGGCAUUUCCAUUUGAAAUAGUAACUGUGAUAAAUAAUCCACCCUCAAACACAACUAUAUAUUCAGUAGAGAUUCACUGCCACAAGAACUUAUCAAGAGAGAACAAACACUUCUUCAGUAUGAAGCUAGAAACUUAAAUCCUUCGUGACUAAUGUCCAGUCGAUCAUCACAACACGAGUCAAAAGCUUUCAGUGGUAAGCCUGUAGUUGGAACAUCAGGGAUUCAAUGACUUUGAAUAGACUAUAGCUGAGUAGAGAUAGAGGAGACCUCUCUACUCACUCCCUGUGUUACAGCCAUGCAUGUAGCUGAAAUUCACAUUUGUGGAAAUCACAAAUCACCCACAACUGCCCUAACAGUGUGAGGAGGAGGAGAUGGGGAGAUUUGGAAAGUCCGUUGUAGCUUAGCAGCUUGAUAGUUUCAGGAGCCACCAAGACCAAGGACACCCCAGCGCAGAUACAGGAGGUUCUGAGAGGGGGGGUGUGAACAGCUGGAGGUCGAGAUCUAUAUCUGUGACCAAUUCCAUCAUCUGGAAGAGAGAUGAAGUCCUAUGAAAAGAAUUUACGGAGAAAAUUGGGAAGAAUUUAAGAAGAAAAAAACAGGACCUCCAGGAUUGUAAUCUCAGGAUUACUUUCUCUUCUCAUGAUCUAGCGGGACAAGAUUUAGGAAGAUAGUACAGUUAAAUGCAUGGCCAAGGAGCUGGUUUAGUGGGGGGGGGUGGGGGGCUACACGUAUAGGAUCAUUGGUAUCUCUUCCAGGACAAGUGGGGACCUGAACUGGAAGUGAAACCAAUAAUCUGGUGGGGAGAUUUGUCUAAAUUAGUCUGUCGAGGUCGAGGGGGCAGGCAGAUGGGAAAGUUAAGACAAAUAUAAAAGUUACAGCGUGCAGGUUCAGUAGACAUAACACACGGGGGCUAGACAGGGUAUGAGGAAAGUAUACACUGCAUUUAUUUGCAUGUAAGAUGCCUGACAGAUAAGGUAGAGGAACUCGAGAAAUACAUUGAUCCAAGGACUGGGAUAUAUGCAACAAGUUGCCAGGGAAGCUGUGGAGUCAGAUACAAUUACCGUGCUGAAAAUACAUUUGGCCAGGUGCAUGGUUAGGGAACAUUUAGAGAGAUGUGGGCCAAAUGCAGGCGAGUGGGACUUGCUCAGGUGGACAACUGCGUUAGCAUGGACGAAUGGGUCGAAGGGCCUGUUUUGGCGCUUUUACCUCUGACUA